AUGAACGAGCUCUUCCUGGCGUGGCUCGGCUACAUGAGUCGCUACCUAGACAUGUUCGAUACGUUCUUCUUCUGUCUGCGAAAGAAGCAGAAUCAAAUUUCCUUUUUACAUGGUUGGUUCUCCUUCAAGCUCAAUCCCCUAGUGCCUAUCAUCAUUCUUUUUGCCCUAUUUAACACGGCUAUUCAUGUAAUAAUGUACUCCUACUACUCGCUGGCGUCCUUUGGCCCUGAGAUGCAGAAGUACCUCUGGUGGAAGAAGUACAUCACCCAGCUGCAGCUGCUGCAGUUUGCAGUGUGCGGCACGUACGGCAUCUUCCUCUACUGCCUGCAGACGGGCUAUCCCAUGAUCUGGUUUGCCGUCGCCGUCGGACAGAAUCCCAUCUUCUUUUACAUGUUCUACGACUUUUACCGGCAAUCGUACAAUAAGAAGCAGCGAUUGGCGGCAGCUAAUCAGCCGCCACCAGCAGCUGCUGUCGAGUCAAAGAAGGACUCCUAA